CAUUAUCACAUCUGGAGCACAUCUGUCCAGAGAUUAUUGGAGGGUUGACUGGAAAACAACUUUCCUCAGAAGCUGUUUAUGCAGUCGAUUUGCAGUAUUUGGAAAAAUGAUUUUGAUCCAGAAGCUUUGGAUUUUCACCGUUUUUCUGGCAGUUCUGUCAGGUGUAAGGGCCAUCAAUGUGCACAUCAGUAAAGAAAACUACGAGGUACUGAAGGGUGACAGUGCCACGCUGACCUGCACCUUUCAGUCCACUAUCACUCCACAACUUGCAAUCAUCUCAUGGUCUGCUGUGGGUACACAACCUGAUGAUCAGGAGGUCCUGAUCGUCACCCACUACUACCCAAUGAAACGCACUGAUGUGAAACCAGCGUAUGCAGACAGAGUUCUCAUGCAUGCGGAUGUGUUGAGGGGAAAGGCCAUGCUGCGACUGUCCUCUGUCACAUCAGCAGACGACAAGAUAUAUGAGUGUCGUGUCCUGAUCCCAGGUGACGACGAAGGAAAGUCAGCUGCCACCACUCGCUUGGUUGUCAAUGAGCCUGUAUCCAAACCAGUUUGUGGGAUCCAGGGAACAGUGAGGUCGGGUGAGAACAUCAAUCUGACCUGCCACUCCGAGGAAGGUUCUCCACCACCCUCGUACAGAUGGGAGAGGUGGCACGAGAGCGUAGGAUCCAAGCGUCGCUUCAUGGCCCACACAACAACUCAAAAUGGAGGAGUUCUGUCUCUGUACGAUAUCUCCAAUGAGACAUCAGGACUGUACUCAUGCAUGUCAUCGAACAAAAUCCGCACUUCAUCAUGCAAACUCAAUCUCACAGUCUUACCAGAUGACUUUCCAGGAUCUGAUGUUUUGGCUGGAGCUGUAGCUGGAGCUGCUGCUGGAGCUGCUGCUGGAGUCUUGGUAUCAAUUGCUUCUGUUGCUGACAAAAUAAUACUGGGGGAUGGAAACAAUGAUGAAGGACAAACGCCUCCAAAAUCAACCUAGCUGGCUUAAUGAUCCCUCUAAAGGAUCAAAUAUAUUCUUUUUUCUGCUUAGUUGCAUAAUUCCAAACAGUCCAUAGCUGCUGUGCUUAGAUCAAAUCAAACCAUCGUGUCAUUAAGACUUACGUUACACACAAAUAUGAAGAUUUGAUUGUGGUCUUGAGUCUGAAAUAGUUUAUACAGGCCGGAGUCAUGUGAUUUGUAGAGAUGAUGUGAAAAUCUUUCAUAUUGUAUACAAACCAUGAAUAAACAAUAUACUUGCAUUAUUGUUGGAAGUAAUGUUCACAUACAGUCAAACUUCAAUGUUUGUUCAUUUUUUUUCAUGAAAUACUGCAAAUAGAAGUUUUGUAGAAAGGUUAUGGCAAGUGUCAAAUGUCAUGCAAUAAUGAUUGUUCCAAAUACUAAUCCACAACAGGAAUAACAAAAUUAUCUCUGGAUAGAGAUGUCAUCUGCUUUCGAGUGGAAUUUAAAGCUUUAUUGAUCACUUUUAAAUGUUUGCACUCCUUGGGCCCUUCAUACCUGAGUGAUAUGUUGCAGCCCUGCAGGCCGACCAGAGACUUGAGGUCAGCUGACCAGCUCCAGUUGGUUGUCCCUAAAACCAGGCUAAAAACCAGAGGUGACAGAGACUUUUUGGUAGCUGCACCCACCCUCUGGAAUAGCCUCCCCCUGUAUAUCACGUCCUCUCAGUCUGUAGGACAGUUUAAGUCCAGACUAAAAACACACUUUUUCUCACAGGCUCGCUAAACUGGAGUGUAUCCUGGUGUCUUAUUUGUGUUUUAUAUAUAUAUUUAGGUAAGUCUUUUUACUUUGUAUUUCUGUGAAGCACUUUGGUCAACUGAAGUUGUUUUUAAAUGUGCUGUACAAAUAAAAUUGAAUUUAAUUGAAUUGAAUAAUAAAGAGUCUGGUCAUAUUAUUAUGAAAUUAAGUACCUUUAAUACCAGUGAAAUGCAUCAAAUUUGUUAUAGAUUCUUUACUUUGAAAUAAAAAAAAUGCUAAUUUUAACAUAUAUGCAUGCAAAAUGUAUCUCCUUUCUCUACCUGUUACUUUUUCAUAAUAUUUGAGUGUGAAUCCUGUUUGGUAAGUUUGCACUGUCGUAUAUAAUGGCAAUAAAAACAACUCAG